AUGCGGUGGAGAUCUACGACCCCAACAGCUUUUGUGUUGGCUUCUAAGGAUGUGAAGAAAGUGGUCACACCAUCUAAGAAUUUGGAGAAAAAUGGUAUGUCAAGGAAAAAAGACAUAGAUUUAAAAGGAAUUGUAUUUGUCAUCCAGAGUCAAAGUAAUUCUUUUCAUGCAAAGAGAGCAGAAGACUUAAGGAAAAGCAUCUUAAAGCAAGCUGCAGAUCUCACGCAGGAACUUCCCAGAGUCCUUCUGCUUCACGAGCUGUCUGAGCAGGAAGGUGCAUGGACAAUACUCCCACUGUUACCUCACUUUUCUGUAACAUUUAGCAGAAAUUCAUCAUGGAUUUUCUUCUGUGAAGAAGAGACAAGAAUACAAGUUCCAGAACUCUUAGAAAUGCUCAGAAGAUAUGACCCCUCAAAGGAGUGGUUUUUAGGAAAAGCAUUGCAUGAUGAAGAAUCUACAAUAAUUCACCAUUACGCCUUUUCAGAAAAUCCUACAGUUUUUAAAUAUCCAGACUUUGCUGCUGGCUGGGCCCUUAGUAUUCCACUUGUGAACAAGCUUACCAAGAGGUUAAAGAGUGAGUCCCUGAGGUCCGACUUUACCAUAGAUUUGAAACAUGAGAUUGCUCUCUACAUCUGGGACAAAGGUGACGGACCUCCCCUUACUCCAGUGCCUGAGUUGUGUACAGACAGCGUGGACACCCACUGUGCUACCACAUUCCACUCUUUCCUACCCCUUUGUGGGACUCCAGUGAAGAAGGAGGAUAUUUUUGUUGCAGUAAAAACAUGCAAGAAAUUUCACAGUGAAAGAAUCCCCAUUGUGAAGCAGACGUGGGCCAGUCAGGCCAGUCUCAUUGAAUACUACAGUGACCAUGCAGAAAGUUCCAUUCCUACAGUGGAUCUGGGAAUUCCUAAUACAGACAGAGGUCAUUGUGGAAAGACAUUUGCCAUUUUGGAACGGUUUUUGAAUCACAGCCAUGACAAAAUAGCAUGGUUAGUCAUUGUGGAUGAUGAUACAUUAAUAAGCAUCUCCAGGCUCCAGCAUUUGUUGAGCUGCUACGAGUCUGAUGAACCGGUGUUCCUCGGAGAGCGCUACGGCUAUGGCCUAGGCACUGGAGGCUACAGCUACAUCACAGGCGGAGGAGGGAUGGUCUUCAGCAGAGAAGCCAUCAGGAGACUUCUCACCAGUAAGUGUCGUUGCUACAGCAACAACGCUCCCGAUGACAUGGUCCUGGGCAUGUGCUUCAGUGGUCUGGGAGUCCCUGUGACACACAGCCCUCUCUUCCAUCAGGCCCGGCCUGUGGAUUAUCCUGAGGACUACCUUUCUCAUCAGGUUCCCAUAUCCUUCCACAAACACUGGAAUAUCGACCCAGUGAAGGUUUAUGUCACAUGGUUGGCACCCAGUGAGGAAGACAAAUCCUGGCAAGAGACACAAAAAGGCUUGAAAGAGGAGUUAUAAAGCCUGGGGACCUGGGGGCAUGGUUUGGGCAGGAAACAGAAGGCAAGACCAUGGCCUUGGUCCUGUGUGUUGUAAUGAUGCUACUUGCAUGUGCAAUGUAGCUUUGGAAGCUUCCUGACUUUUGGUGAAAAUCCUGUAUAUGGUAUUUUUUGAGGGGGAAGGAAAGGGGAAACAGGGGAAACAGAUUUUUUUUUUUUCUGGGAAAAAUACUUUUGUAUUCUGCAUUAUUAUGCCACACAACAAUUCCUGUGUGUUUUUCAAGCUGUGACACAGAAGCUUUAUUCCUGUCACAGAGAAAUAAAAGGCACCAGAAGUCUUCUUGCUGUUCCUUCUCUUCAUUAUAAUGAAGGUUUCAGUUGGGUGUGAGACCAGAGACGUGAUUAUCAUUCUAUGUAUAUACAGAGAGAGAAAGGGAGAGGGAGACACAAGGAAUGUCAUUGACAUGGAUAUUACAGUGGUGUGAACUUUUUAACUGUAUAGUUGAUGAUGAAAAUUAUUUUAUGGUCACCUGGUAGGAAUAAUGCCAUACUAGGGAUGAUUCAUAAAACAUCCUAAGAGUCUAGCUAUGAAAUCCCCUGUAUGGGGAUUGUUAUGUUUUAUCUCUUUUUGUGUUUGUGGCUCAUAAAAAGAGAAGUCUUCUGUGGGAGCUUUUCACAUCAUUGGUGAUUCUUCUGUGUUCUGUUUUCUCCCUGAAGCCCUUCUUUUUUUACCUCAUCGUAACAGGAAAGUGUGCUGGAUUCUGCCAGAAAACUGUGUACUCAGUAUUUAAAAGCAAAGUUAUCAUGUUUUAUUCAAGUCAUUGAGCUCUAUGUAAGUCUCAGGAAUUGAAUUAAAUUAAU